UGUUGUUGGUGGAGCUAUACAAAAAUGGUUGAAAAAAUUUAGGACUUUUUUCGGAGUGGCCAAACAGGGAGUGAGUAUUUUUUUUUUGAAAUUUUGCCCCAAAAUGGCGUCAUUUUGAGACACUGCAAGAAGCAUGGCAGGAAAGUAUAGCAGAGAAUCCGGACACCUUUUUAGUGCUCCCAAACAUUUUUCAAAAACACACACGACAGUACAGGCAACAACAUUUUCUCACCACCACCACCUCUCACCACCCAAAAAAUGGACAACAACCAGCCACCACCCACGGCGGCGCAGUCCUCCUCAUACCCACCCCAACCACCCUACCACCACCACCACCUACACCUCCUCCUCCAACAACAACAACAACAACAACUGCAGAUGUUCUGGACGUACCAACGCCAAGAGAUCGAGCAAGUCAACGACUUCAAAAACCACCAGCUCCCUUUGGCUCGCAUCAAGAAGAUCAUGAAAGCCGACGAAGACGUCCGAAUGAUAUCCGCCGAAGCCCCAAUGCUCUUUUCCAAGGCCUGCGAGCUAUUCAUUCUCGAGCUCACCAUCCGAUCAUGGAUCCACGCCGAGGAGAACAAGCGCCGAACCCUCCAGAACAACGACAUCGCCACCGCCAUUACUCGCACCGACAUUUUCGAUUUCUUGGUCGACAUUGUUCCCAGAGAGAUCAAGGAGGAAGGGGUAGAGAUUGUGGGCUCCACGGCGACUGGGGUUCCGUACUAUCAUCCUCCGGCGGCGGGUGGGGUUGAUCCGGGGGUGCACGUGCCGCCGUCGCAGGCGUGGCAAUCGGUGUGGCAGACGGCGGUGGAGGAUUGGUCGUAUGGUGGCGGAGGGAGCGGUGGGCAGGUCAAUCUGGAUGGGCAAGGUUAAUUUACUCAGUUGCAGAUGCUAUGAUGAUGAUGCUGAGUGGCACAAUGGAAGAUUACUUAGCUUGUUCUUGCUUUCUGGAAUUUUGUGAAUUUUUUUUUUUUCAAUUAUAAAUUACUUGGCUGCUAUUUUUAUGGAGCAAGUAAUGACUUCAUGCUGUUAAUUAAAAACCUAUAUACACUUAUCAUGUGCAGUUACAGGAAAUGCUACUAUGGUGCAUCCUGCCAUUAUCUAUGUGCUGUUCUGGAUUCAA